UUGGGGAAGUGCGUCAGCGGGGCUUAACGGCCGUCUGGUUUUCGGUGAAGGCUCGUCCGCUUCGGCACCAACUAGCUCGCACUACCGGCCCAGAAAAGGGAGGCACGCGGCGCGAGCGUCAUGGCGCGAGCUGUGCGGGUCCUCUCCAGGCUCGCUGCGCUGCCCGCACUUUCUGUUCACUGCCGGCGACCGGCGAGCAGCAGAGGAGCCGGCGGGGCGAGGACGGGGCCGAGCCGCGCGCACGGAGCUCCGCGAGACGCCGACGAGAUGUCCGCUGGGGACUUCGGACUGGAGGAGGUAGAAGACAAGCUGCAGGCCCUGGCCGAGGAGGAGAGGAAGGGGCAGAGGACCUUGAAGUAUCACAUACUGAGAAGGCAAAUGACGCCGCCCGGAGCUCCACAGAGGAAGCUGAGCUGGGAUGCCAUUGAGCAGAUCAGGUAUCUAAAGCAGGAGCAACCAGAGGAGUGGACAGUGGAGCGUCUGGCUGAGGGCCACUCGGUCACCACUGAUGUCAUCCUCAGAGUCCUCCGGAGCAAGCACGUCCCUGCUGCGGAUCGGAAAAUAAAGCAGGACGCUAAAGUGAUGUCUGUUCUCGGCCAGCGAGCGCUGCCUUCAGGUGGCGGGACCGGGCAGAGUAGGCUGAGGCCGCCUGGGCACCUUGCAUCAGCUGCACUCUCAGCAGGAGGUAGAGAACGUGCCGUGGUGCCUGUGGCUGACCGGACCAGGAUGUUCCGGGGGGAAGGUCAAGGAUCCCUGGCAAAUAUUCCCGCGCCUGCUACGCUCCUGACCCCCCGGCUCAGCGCUGGUAGUAAAGACGCGCCCGGGCCGAGAUCAGAAGAAGACCACGGCCGUGCUUCUGACGCAAGGCCUUCAAAGGACGUCAAAGAGGACGAGCACAGCUGGGAUGGACAGCUGCUGACAGACCAGGAACUUGAAGAGUUCAUGGAAAUGGAAAAGCAAAAGCCUUGCUCUGUGGUGCAAGUUGGCAAUGAAGUCUUUGAUGCAGAGGGCAACUUUUUGUAUAGAAUCUGAGAACAUCACACUUAGAGCGAUGUGAUGUUCAAGUCUCAUUUAUCUGCGGUGUGACUUUCUAAAGAAAUGACUGAACAUGCAAAAUAAAAACAUAUUUAAUGCAUUUCUUCAACAAUACAAAGAGUUCUUCUUUUAAGACUAUUUAAGAACCAGAAUGUUUGAUAGAUCCCCUUUGUAAACAACAUCGUGCUGCUGUAACAUAAGAGCCGGUGACAGAAAUAGAGGAACGUAUGAAUUUAUUGCCAAACCAAAAGAAAAUGGUCUCAAAUAUACGUAUAUUUACAGAACCAUCACAAGGACUUAUUUUAUACAGCAAUUUUAAACCGUAAGAAAUGUGUUAUUCACUUAAUGCAAUAAACCAUUAUAUGUAACUUGCGAGCGUCUCCCAGUGUAUAACUACAUAAAAACCGUGUAUCCACUAUGGUUUUUAAUAUCACCAGUCAGAAUUAUGCAUCGUACCAAGACAUGAAAGAAUCAUCAGGUUAUUGUGGACUUGACUUGUCUGUGGAUUUAAACCGUAAGAGUUAACAUGCAGUUCAAUGGGAGUUUGCAUGAAGCACAAGUGCAACUUGAGGGCGUCGAUGACAUUUUGGAGGGAACUGGUUACACUUGAUAUGAAUCGUAGAUGCUGGCCUCGCAUCACGUCCUCACAACAGGCACUUGUAGAACCACAUCCAAUUUACCGUACUCUGAAUCAACUAAAGUCCUGCAUGUAAGCAACAAAUUCAACACAAGACAGACGAUUGUACAAGAAAUGUUUGGGGGGAAAAAAAACAA